CUUCUCUCUUUGUCUUCUCUCAGCCCAUGGGCACGACCUAUCUACUACUUUAUGUGGAUGAUAUAGUUCUCACAGCAUCCUCUCCAGCACUUCUACAGAGUCUCAUUCAGCAGCUCAAGGCUGAGUUCUCCAUGACUGAUAUGGGCGAUCUGCACUUUUUCCUCGGGAUCAAUGUUCACCGCACAGCUUCUGGCCUGUUCCUCCACAAGACUCAGUUCACGCACGACAUCCUUGAGAGGGCAGGGAUGGUUUCUUGUCGGCCCAUCUCAACCCCGGUGGAUACAAAGGCAAAGCUAUCUGCGUCCGCUGGUACGGCGCUCUCCGACCCCUCACUUUACCGAUCCAUUGUUGGCGCGCUGCAGUACCUCACAUUCACUCGUCCUGAUAUCACAUAUGCAGUCCAGCAGCUCUGCCUCCACCUCCAUGCCCCCCACGACGCUCACUUUACAGCCAUGAAGCGUGUUCUCCGGUAUCUCAGUGGCACCGCCACUCAUGGCAUUUACUUGACACGAUCCGCCACCGACUACCUACAGGCUUAUUCAGACGCCGAUUGGGCUGGCUGUCCUGACACCAAACGUUCCACUUCGGGCUACUGCGUUUUCCUCGGCGACAACCUUGUCUCAUGGUCGUCUAAGCGUCAGGCCACUACUUCUCGCUCCAGUGCCGAGGCCGAAUACCGGGCUGUAGCGAAUGCUGUUGCAGAAACCAGCUGGAUCCGAAACCUCCUCCUUGAGCUCCAGCACCCACUCCGUCGCGCCACACUUGUCUUUUGUGAUAAUGUCAGUGCGGUCUACCUUUCGUCAAACCCGGUGCAGCAUCAGCGCACCAAGCACGUCGAGGUUGACAUACACUUUGUGCGUGAUAAGAUCCGCUUCGGCUAUCACAUCUCCACCGAGAUCACGAAGAAAACCAUGUUGGCAUCUCACUUAUUCAGCUCUAGUUCAUCUCUUGGACGUCACGAUCUGUUUGGCAUUGAAGAUCUCCUUCUUCAUGUAAAUCCUAACCUUCUUCACGCAUGGGAAGCUCUGGUACAUGACGGGAAUGCUCUACAUCAACUUUUUUACGGUUGCCUUGUUAACCCUAGCCGCACUACAAUUACUCUCCUCUCCCGGCUUCCUUCUUCGUUCGCCGCAAAUCGAAAGCAGUUCCCUGCUUUCCGUCUUCCUGUCUUCCUAUUUCGUUCUCGUGGAUCCGCUCGAGCAGAUGCCACCGCCAUCGCACUCCACACUAUACAGCAGCCUCCACUCCAGUCUCCAGAUGAAUGACCUCUCCACUUUAGAUCGACACUCAAAGCCUCCAAAGAGGGAAAACUGUAUCUUUUGCUUCUUGGAACAACAGCUCUUAGUCUGGUACGAAACAUUCUGUAAUCUUUGCAGUGCUUCUUUAAUUUGAUUCCUUACAGUUAUGUUUGGAAAGAUGGUUUUGAAGAGGCUAUUUUUACUUUUAAGAUAAUCAUUAUAUAUAUGGUCUAUGGUAAUUUGGUAAUGAAAUGAUUAGAGCUUUUUAUUUUCCAGUUCAAUAUGCUCUUAAUAUGCUCUUAUGAUGAUGUUCUUGGGUGUUGUAAAUGCUCAUAAAACACAUGAUUUGUUGCUUGUUGUGACUACUGGUUUGUGCCAUGUAUCUGGUCUUGUUGCUGCUUGGUUGUUCAUUGAUGUUGCAGGUGAUAACUAGGGAUGGGGAGUUGAGGUCUUGUUGCUGUUGUUCUAAUAGCUAGUGGUGCGCGUUAUGGUCUGUUGUGACGUUCUUGCAACAAUUUUUUACUGAUGGAUGGGUCGGUUUUUUAUAAUGUCGUAGAUUGAUGUACGCUGUUUUGGUUUGCUUUAAUUAGGUUUUUAUUCAUUUAUAUUCCGAGGGGCUUUGGUUUGGUACUCCCCUCUUGUACUUUCUGUUUGUUUUAUAAUAAAAAAUUUCUUUAAAAACU